GUGGAGGGGGGGAAAUCGGCCGUGUGACGUCACACCGUUUGUCGCCGCUUGUUUGAAAACCGCUGCCGACUGCCGCCGUCCAUUCCCUUCAUUCAGUUGUUCCUUGAUGUUGAUGUCGGCGACUUUGUGCUUGUUGUUCAUUCGGUUUGUUUCGCUUAUACGAUCGGAAACAGUCGGGUAAACAAGUGAUUGUGAGAGCGGUCUGAGUUUUAGUGACAAAGCUAUGAGUGAAUAACAACAAUUUUGGCCAUAACAUUUCUUGAUGGAUACGACUGCCACGUAAUUUCUUUAUUUGGAUUAUUUUAAGCAUUCGCAAGUGGAUUUAAAAUGUUAACUUCGAGUAAUCAGUACCUGAGGCCAGAGUACUUAACUCCUUUACCAACUACGCUGGACGCCAAAAAAAGCCCGCUCGCCCUUCUUGCCCAAACCUGUUCCCAAAUCGGAGCCGACAGUCCCAACUCUAAGCUCCUCCAAAGUGCGGACAAAUCUUCAAAAAAAUCAGACCCGAGCAAAGACAAGGACAAAUCCAGCAGCGCUCCCUCCAAUUAUAACAUUAAAAAUCAUUUGGACUCUACCAGAGAAAAGAGUCGCAGUCCAGAUGAGCGAUCCUCGAGCACCGCCUCAGCGAACAGAGUCCGAACCCCGAGCAGUACCGGAUCCUCCCUAAAAGGGGCUCAAGUCAACGGCAGAUGUAAUAGCAAUCAAAGUGCCACCAGCGCAAGAGAGAGUCCGAUGGAUCGUAAAACUCCUGCAGAAGAUAGUAACAGGUCGUCAAAAAGUCCCGAAAAGGCUUCGGAGGGUAGUAAUAGCCCACAAACUCCGUCUGGUAGCAAGACUGCUUUCACCCCUAACAUACUAACAAGCUCCUCAGAUCCCGCGAUUAAGGAUUUGCCCCUUGGAACGUUUAAACCAGGCAUGCCUCCUGUAAGUUCAGCCUUUUUAACGACUUCGAGCUAUCCGGGCUUCCCUCCGGGACUCCCAAUGGACUUGAUGACUUCGAGCCUAAUCUCACGCACUAGUGCACUAAGUCCCUAUUUUUCUUAUGGUAGGUUGAAGACACAAGAUUCUCUGUCAGCUUGCAGAGAUCCUUAUUGUACAGGGUGCAGUAUGAGCUCUCAUUUACUAGGAGCUCAAAAGCCUCCAUGCCCGGCAGGCUGCACUCAAUGCGAUCAUGCCAAAGUACCAACAUCUUUACCAUCUGGUUACAGUCAUGCAGCAGCUGCGUAUGCACAUGCUCAAUUGGCUGCUCUAGCUGCAGCUAGUCACUUGCCAUAUGUAUGUAAUUGGAUCUCAGGAGAUGCUGCUUAUUGCGGCAAGCGAUUCUCUAGCUCAGAAGAGCUUUUGGCUCAUCUAAGAACUCAUACUAGUGCAACAAGUGAGGCUAGUGCAUUGUUAGGACCUCCAACUCAUCCUCUUCUACACCGAACUUAUCCAACGCCUCCCUUGUCACCCCUAGCAACGGCUAGGUAUCAUCCUUAUAGCAAACCUCCCUUAUUGCCUCCGUCUUUAAGUGGUUUUCCAAUAGGACAUCCUGCCUUGCCUCCUUACUUGAACCCUUACUCUAUUUAUGGACCAAGGUUAGGAUCUACGCCAGGGAUGCACCCCUAAAAAAGAUUUGAAAGUCAAACAUAAGAAGCUGUGGUAUUAUUUUUGUAAAUACGAGCCCGCUAGUCUUUUCUGUUAUGUGUGAAAAAUAAUAUUGACGAAUAUUCCAUAUAGUAUGAACGAGUUUUUUGCUAAACUCCCAUUGAUUUUUAAAUAAUUAAAAGCUUACUUUUAUCAGUCAUGUUGUUAUUGUUUAAAAUUAGACCUCCAAAUUACUUGUAAUGUUGGAUAUAUUGAGUAUGUCACACGAUCCGUCGAAAACUGAGAGUAAUAAAUACAUCUUUUUAAAUACGCGAUAAAUUAGCAUGGUAUUAAUGUUUUUUUUAUACAGAAGAAACCAAUAAGAAGUAUUUACCACAUAACAGGCAAUGUUUUAUAAAUUUUAAGAUGCAUAAUAUAUAAUUUGGUUCUAGAGGUUUUUUUGAUAAUCAAACAAUUCUUGAUGGUUUCCAGGCAUAUAGUAUAUGGUUAACAUAAUAAUCUCACUUUUUGUCUGUGUGUUUGUCCUUUAUUGGUAUUGUAAAUAAUAAUCAUUAUACUAUAUACGUUGCUGUACAUUUAUACUAUUUUAAAAGUUGGUUGUGUGAAUUGAGGUUUAAUAAACAGUUUAUCCUGUGUAGUUUACCAUAACUUGUAAAUAGUGGCCAAAGAUAAAUGGUAAAACAUUCUGCUACCAUUCGCGUACACUAAACAGGCUAAUCUUGUUAUAGGGAAAUAGCCUUUAAUUAGGCAAAAAGGACGUCGGGUGCUUCAAUCUCGAAUCGAUUUUGUACAGAUCUCAUCUUAAAUUUAAUGUGACAAUUAUUAAGUUAUUUUGUUAAAAAAUAAAAUGUUAUUUAACUCCACAUUUCUUUAAAUAUAUGUAUCCUUUUACAGGCAUGUAUAAAAACGUAGAAAUUUAAUUAAUAUAUGUAGUUCUUGUUCUGUUUAAAUGAAAUCAAACCAUUGUUCUUUUUUAUUGUUUAAAUAAACAAAUUAUCUCUUUUUUCGUUAUUGUAUAUCAUGAAACUAAUAAUAUAGUUUCAUCAAAAAAAAUCUGUCGUACCAUAUCAUUAAUGUAUACCUUAUAAUUAUGUAAAAGUAAAAAAUAUAUUUUUAUUGUUACAAAUAA